UUGUGAUGCUCACCCCUGAAACAAACCAUCAUGUACUACGUAGUGAGUAUUCUUUGCGUGCUUGGCUUCUCCCUUUCUCAAACCCUACUCUACUUCUACACUACGCAUCUCUCGCCAUUCAUUGCAUCACGGACCGGACCCCAACCACACCGCAAUUUCUUUUCUUAUUCUUCGAUUCUCAGUUUCUCGUUUGAUAGCUUUCAGGGCUCGCGUGGACCAGCAGCUCUAUUUCUGUGCCUGGAGCCGUGACUAGAAUCGUGUCUUUCGACCUCACUGGUGGCUAUCCGAUUAGACCACGGACGGUUCAGUCCUAUGUCUGCGAAGUAGCAGCUGAAAGAUGGCUCAAAAUCGGGAUCCAGCGUUCUGGCGACGCUUCUCCCUUGCCAUCCAUCUGGACGAGGAGUCCAAGGCUUCCACUCCUGAGAAGGAGGAAGUCAGUCUUUGGUCGGACAACUGGAUUAAAGACCAGGAACGAAAGCGCCGACGAAUGAUCUUGUGCGGCUUCCUGAUAUUCUUCCUGACCGCGCUGUUUGUCGUUGGCGUUAUCGUGGUGAUUGUUUGGCUCAAUGCCCACCACUGGCUGCAAGACGCGCCGAAAGCAUCUUGAGGUAGAGGUGCUUCGGGGGUUAAGGGUCUGGGUAGAUAUAGAAGGUGUCUUGUGGAUAUGGAGUUCUGGUCAGGCAUGAAUGAGCGGGUCUCAUUGUCACUAUUUUCUCGCAGUCUCUUUUCUUUGCAUGGCGAUCUGGAGCUGGUCUUAUCGCAAUCUGUCC